AGCCCUGGCUAUCAUCAUCAUCAUCAUCAGUGUGUGGAUGGGAGAGUCCCUCCUCAGUCCUCACAGCUGGCGUCUUGUGUUAAGCCCCCUCAGAGUCUUCUACUCUCCGCACGUGAAGAUUUGAUGCCAGAUUCUGAAUCAGUGACAGAUCCGUCAGACAGACACAAUGACAGCCGCCAACGCUCCACGAGACAGGUAUAAUGCUGUAUGGAUCAUAUUCUUCAUUCUGGGCCUGGGAACUCUGCUACCAUGGAAUUUCUUCAUGACUGCUACCAUGGUAACAAUUGUCUCGUUGAAACCACCGUUAAUGACAAACUUCAAUGGCACAUUGAUUCCUCAGAAGCUGAGGAUCUCAGGCAGUCUGUCUGUCAUUUUAGUGGUGUUUCUCAUCACAGCCGUGCUGGUGAAGGUGGAGAUGGAGCCCCUGCCGUUCUUUGCGUUUACCAUGAUCAAAAUAAUCUGCAUCAACUCGUUCGGGGCGAUUCUGCAAGGGAGUCUGUUUGGUUUGGCUGGGAUGCUCCCAGCGUCCUACACCACGCCCAUCAUGAGCGGACAAGGCCUGGCAGGGACGUUUGCAGCCUUCUCCAUGAUCUGUGCGCUCGCCUCGGGCUCAGCGUUACAGGACAGUGCGUUCGGUUACUUCAUCACUGCCUGUGUGGUUAUUCUCCUGGCCAUCGUUUCUUACUUCGCUCUGCCUAAAAUGGAGUUUUUCCAGUAUUAUUCUGAGAGCAAUGGCUCCCGAUCCAGCUCUGAUGAGGAAAACAAGAUGGAUUUGCUGAAGCCAGAAGGUCAUGCAGAGAAGAGGCCGGUCCUGAGCCUGACUGAUGAAGAGAGCAGACCCGCCGUGUCAGUGUUUGGCAUCUUCAAACAGAUCUGGGUGAUGGCUCUUUCCGUGUGCUUUGUUUUCACCAUCACCAUUGGCGUCUUCCCAGCUGUCACUGUUGAUGUCAAGACCACUGUUGUUGAAGAGGGGAACGGUUGGAAUACUUAUUUCAUCCCGGUGUCCUGCUUCCUCCUGUUCAACUUAAUGGACUGGGCCGGCAGGAGCCUGACUGCUGUUUGUAUGUGGCCCGGUAAAGACAGCAUCUGGCUGCCCAUCCUGGUCAUCGCACGCUUGGUGUUCGUUCCUCUCUUUGUGCUCUGUAACGUUCAGCCCAGACACUACCUGCCCGUGGUGUUCUCUCACGACGCCUGGUACAUCGUUUUCAUGAUCCUCUUCUCCUUCAGCAACGGAUACCUGGCCAGCCUCUGCAUGUGCUUCGGACCAAAGAAAGUGUCCCAACAUGAAGCGGAGACCGCAGGGGCCAUCAUGGCCUUCUUCCUCUCUCUUGGCUUGGCUGUGGGAGCCGCGUUAUCCUUCGCUUUCCGGGCCAUGAUCUAGAACCGUGGCCUAGUUCUCCGUAUGAUGAAGAAGAGGAACUUUAACCCCAGAUAUACACAGAGCCAGAGAGAAUGUUUUCAUACUGCACAUGUAUCCGCUUGCCUGUUUGUCCCUCUUGUGUUUUCUUGAAGAAGUGGAACUGGAAUAGACAGUAUUCACACAGGGAUUCAAAGAGGGACCAUCUUCAUCAACAUCAUGAUGUUAUGAGCAUCAUCAUCAGGUAAAAAAAAGAGCCAAAUCUAUCUGCAUUUUUUUUGUAUACUUUUUGUAAAAUGUGCCAAUUCAGUAUUUAGCAAUAAUGUAUAGUUCAAGUUAACCCCUUUCUGUUUUAGUUACUUUUAAUGUUUUUGUAGAUAUUAACAGUUUUAAUGGUCCUGUUUUAGCUUCGUUUAGUAAUGGCAGAGACAUGCAGCUAUUAGGGCAGUAGGUCACUGCAAAAAUUAUUUUCGUCUUUUUUUUUUUCCCUUUGCAAAUGUCUAAAAAUUCAAAAUGACUU